CCGGCGUGCCUCAGGAAGGGCGCCGGGAGUGCGUUUUGCUCCCGGAGCGUCCAGGGUCCUGACCCUGAGCGGGAAUCGCAGUAGCUGAGGCUGAGCGGCAGGCAGGUAGAAGGUGCUCCUCUUGGGCUGCUCAGGGAACCCAGGGGCUUCGGCCCAACCACGAGUACGCAGCCGAUGCUGACUGGGCGGCUGGUCCCGGGCCUGGUCUUGGUGGCUGGCCGCGUCUGUUUGUCCCAGGGCAGCGCGGGAUCCGGGGCCAUGGGCCCAGUGGAGGCCGCCAUUCGCACGAAGUUGGAGCAGGCCCUGAGCCCUGAGGUGCUGGAGCUUCGCAACGAGAGCGGUGGCCACGCGGUUCCGCCUGGCAGUGAGACGCACUUCCGCGUGGCUGUGGUGAGCUCUCGUUUCGAGGGGCUUAGCCCCCUACAACGACACCGGCUGGUCCACGCGGCGCUGGCCGAGGAGCUGGCUGGGCCGGUCCAUGCGCUGGCCAUCCAGGCGCGGACCCCCGCACAGUGGAGAGAGAACCCUCAGCUGGACGCUAGCCCCCCCUGCCUGGGUGGGAACAAGACUCGAGGAACCCUCUGAACCCCAAGAGAGGAGGGGAGGACCAGGCUCUUAAUGGUCUGGGUGAGCACGAACUACUGACGCCUUCCCCUUGAUACAGUCCAGGAUUUGUACGGGAUGAAGACCCCUGGGCCUCGUUCUUUUGGGGUCCCUACAUAUUAUCAGAAGAUAGCAACUUGUUUCAGGUCAAAGUGAACCCGAGGAAAGCGAAGAAUCACUCACUGCUGCUCUUGCCCUGGACUAUUGAGGAAGGGUAGUCCAGGUGUUCCAUGUUAAAUCAUGACGGAACUGCACCAGACCUGAUGAGUUGUAAACAAUCCUACACAUUAAAAGAGAAAUUACACUGUGA